CAUACAUCUGCAGCUGGAGGUUCCUACAAUAUAGGAUCCCCUCAGUGGAGAUCUUCUAUAUAAGAUUCUACUCCUGAUUGACCCUUCAAGGAUGGAUAGGGACAGGGACAAGAUGGCGGAGAGUAUAAUAAAUCUCACCCUAGAGAUCCUCUUCCGGCUUACUGGAGAGGACUACACAGUAGUAAAGACCUCUAGUGAGCGCUGUCAGGACCCUGUGUCUGAAGGAUGGGGAAGAACCCUGAGCCCAAUCACGGGGCCUCCACCUCACUCCCUGAUAUAUGAGGAAAUUAAUAGAGAGAAGAUCUUAGAACUCACCAACAAGAUGAUUGAGCUGCUGACUGGAGAGGUUCCUAUAAGGUGUCAGGACGUCACCAUCUAUUUCUCCAUGGAGGAGUGGGAGUAUUUAGAAGGGCACAAACAUCUGUACAAGGACACCAUGAUGGAGGAUCACCGGCCCCUCACACCACCAGUUAAGGAAGAGAGAAGAACACCGGAGAGAUGUCCCAGUCCUCUUCUUCCACAGGAUGGUUCAGAAGAACAUCAUAAUGUCCCACAGGAUGAUCAGCUUGUAAAUCCGGGUGAAGAUCUGAACAUUAUAUAUGUUACAGAGACAUAUGUGAGGGGAGAUGAGCAGGGUAUAGAGGACAUUUCUACAGUUAACCGCCCAGAUGACUGUACCAGGAACUCAGAGAAACAUGUGAUAUCAUCACAUUUUGAAGUAUAUGAUCAUGGUGUCACACGAGAUACGUAUGAAGGACAUGCUAAGUUCCAAGAUAUAUCCUCACCCAUUCACAGCAAAAAUGUAUCACCUGAUCUUUUUAAACAGGUCCGAUCUUCUGAUUCAUCACAGACUGUAACACAAAAUAAAAGUCACAGAAAAGGUGUUAAACGUCAAACAGCUCACAUAAGAAAGAAGCCAUUUUCAUGUUUAGAAUGUGGGAAAUGUUAUACCUAUAAAUCUGAACUUGUUAUACAUCACAGAGUUCACACAGGGGAGAAGCCAUAUUCAUGUUCAGAAUGUGGGAAAUGUUUUCCUAUAAAAAAAUAUCUGGUUUCACAUCAAAGAACUCAUACAGGGGAGAAGCCAUUCUCAUGUUUAGAAUGUGGAAAAUGUUUUAACGAUAAAUCAAAUCUUGUUACACAUCAAAGAGUUCACACAGGGGAGAAGCCAUUUUCAUGUUCAGAAUGUGGAAAAUGUUUUAACGACAAAUCAUAUCUUGUUACUCAUCAAAGAAUACACACAGGGGAAAAGCCAUUCUCAUGUCCAGAAUGUGGAAAAUGUUUUAACUAUAAAAAACAUCUUGUUACUCAUCGGAGAAUUCACACAGGGGAGAGGCCAUUCUCAUGUUCAGGAUGUGGAAAAUGUUUUAACGAUAGCUCAUCUCUUAUUAAACAUCGGAGAAUUCACACAGGGGAGAAGCCAUAUUCAUGUUCAGAAUGUGGGAAAUGUUUUAACUAUAAAUCACAUCUUGUUACUCAUCAGAGAAUUCACACAGGGGAGAAGCCGUUUUCAUGUUCAGAAUGUGGGAAAGGUUUUGUUGAAAAGCAACAUCUGGUUAGACAUCAAAGAACUCAUACAGGGGAGAAGCCAUUUCCAUGCUUAGAAUGUGGAAAAUGUUUUAACGAUAAAUCACAUCUUGUUAAACAUCAGAGGAGUCACACAGGGGAGAAACCAUAUUCAUGUUCAGAAUGUGGGAAAUGUUUUGCUGUAAAAAAAGAUCUUGUUAGACAUCAGAGACUUCACACAGGAGAGAAGCCAUAUUCAUGUUCAGAAUGUGGGAAAUGCUUUGUAAAUAUUUCAGAUCUUAAUGAACAUCAUAUAAUUCACACAGGGGAGAAGCCACUUUUAUGUUCAGAUUAGAUUGCGGGAAAUGUUUUGCUUUAAAAAGUUAUUUGGUUACGUAUCAAAUAACUCACAUAGGGGAAAAGCCAUUCUUAUGUUUAGAAUUUGAAAGAUGCUUUAACCGUAAACCAGAUCUUGUUACACAUCAGAUAAUUCACACAGGGGAGAAGCCAUUUUUAUGUUCAGAAUGUGGAAAAUGUUUUAACCAGAAAUCGCAUCUUAUUAAACAUGAGAGAAUGCACACACGGGAUAAGAAAUGUUCAUAUUUAGCCUGUUAGUGACCACCCAUACCUGUUUUUAUGGCAGAUCCUAAAAGGCAAUUUAUAUCUCUUCCUGCAAAAAAAUGUACUGUUAAUUUUAUAGAUUCCAUUAUGAAUCUUUCAUAUUUUAUAAGUUUCUUUAAUCUUUGUAAGUUUAUUAUUUAGACAUGAUUACCAUUAAAUAGUAUCAGUCAUCUAUUUGAUUCAUAGAUACAGGAACUAACACCUGCAUGACCAAUAAAUGUAUUACUCUUUCUUCUAAAAUUUUUGCAAACUGCAUGAACUUUUCAUUGAAAUAAUCACUAAGUUUGUGGAAGGAGUCACUACACGUGGAAUUAUGUAAUCCCGGGGAUAAGACAAUCAUUAACCUUGGACUUGGAGAGAUUUUCCUCCAGGAUUCCACAAACCAUAUACAUCUUCCUUCCACAGGACUUCUGGCGUCAUUUCUUUGUUGUUACUGAACUGUUGAGAUUAAACAAAAAUCUGUUAUGUUUGCUUUGUUUAUAAUUUAAAAAAAAUUGAUAUUUCCUAUUCAUAUCAUCUGAAAAAGUAUUUUUAGAGUCUGAUGCUUUUUUAAGAAUGUUUUUAGGUCUUUAGCAAGAAAUUGUUCCCCAUAAAAUGGAAUUUUAAUUAUCAGCAGGUGCAAACCCACUGUCCCACGUGACCAACCAACCUCUCAUUCUUCACAAUACCUCUGAUGGUGAGGAUAGACUUUCCUGAGGGGUGUUCUUAGGUGGGUUGGAACACAAGGGAACAGGAACCUGGGUGUGGACCCACUGAACUGACCUCCAGAUAGUAUGGUGCACCCAGAAGGUGCUAGGAGGCCAGAGGCUGAUAAGGUGUUGGCAAGGCAAAGUCUGAGCACAAAGUCCAAGGUCAGGGCAGGCGACAAUAUGGCGGUCUGUAAACGAGAUCAGAGGGCAGGCUACAAGAUAGCAAAAUCUGUAAGACAAGGGCAGGUGGCAGUAAGGCAAGGUCCGUUAAACAAGAUAUAGGGUCCAUUACACAGUAAUGACAAGAAUCACAGUAACACCUUCACUCACAGGAAUUUAGACAAGGCUACGAACAAAAGUUGGAAACCAGCCCUAGGGUGGGGAAGACUGAGGGGGUGCGCACGCGUGCCCUAUACACAGUCAUAAGAUUCUGAGCACAGAGUCUGAGCUCCACCCAGAGCAGAAAGGAUGAUGCCGGCAGCAGGCACCGCCGCUGGUAAACUACAUGAGGGAACAGAUCUAGAUUUUCUGAUCCAGACUCAGAGGUAGAAGAGGAGUAAGUAGGGGCGCAUCUACUCAGAUGCUUCUGUUUUCAAGUAGACAGAAAGCAAGAAAUUGAUGACUUUUCUGCCAUUGCUGAACGGCUUUCUUGCCGUACUAAGUCCUUAAUUUCAUCUUUCAAGGAAGACACUUCCUCCCUUUACAAUAUCAUCAGUAUUCAUGCUAUUUAACCAUACAAAUUCCUGUGAUCUAGAUUUUUUUUUAACUGUUUUAGGUCUAACAGAUGUAUCCUUAUCACUGUAUUCCAUAUCAGAGAGAGAUAGAGGGAAUACACACAUUAGUCACAAUACUCACAAUCUUGACAUGAAAACAUUACUUCAUGCACUCACAGCAGCACCAAUGUCAGGCUCUGCACACUCCCACUUUGUCAACAUGGAAAACGUCACAGCCUUUUCAAGACAUGUUGUUCUUUGGUCAGAGGGUGACUUCCGACUUAACCCACGUGCCAGAUUCUGGCAAAUUGGCUUGUUCAGAUGUCCCUGGUGAUGUCAUCCACCGGAGGAGAAGAUCUCAGACAGGAAGCUGCUGGUAAAGACUUGAGAGACUACCGGAGUUUCUCAGUCGCUGCUGCGAGGAUACAGGGAUCUAAAGCAUCACAGCAGGCAUCCAUAGAAAAUCAGUCAUACUCAAGGUAGUCCCUCUGAAUUCACUUGCAACUAUGUUGUUGCUUCUCUCCCCACCUGAAAGGGACAGGAAGGAGAAAAUAUUUUAACCUUCCUGUCCCUGCAUGGUGGUAGGAGGAUCUCUCAUGAUUUAUGGUGCUGUCAUGGAGGGUGAAGGGGAAAAUAUAUUUUUGUUAAAUAUUUUGAACAUUAUGCAUGCAUAUGUGUGACAUAAUUAUACUUGAAAAGUUUUUUUUUCUUUUUACAUUCUUGAAAAAAAUAUAGUACAAUUGUAUG